UUGUUUGAAAUGUGGUUAAUAUCACUCAGAAUAUGACCCCAGCCAAGAUGAAGGAAUACAGUGCUGCAACAGUAGCUUGGUAUAUUGCUUUAUAUCUACUGUCUGCUGCUGAAGAGAAUCAAGGAACUGAGCUGAACGACAGCUUGCAGUGUUAUAAUGAUUUCAAAUCAUAUGUUGAAUGUACAUGGAAGGAGAAUCGACUUUCCAGGCAGUUUGUGAACAUGAGCUUAUAUAAAUGGGUGAACGGAGAUAUACAGUUGAUCAAUGGCUCGCAACACAAGAAAACCAAAUCACACAUAAUUUGGAAAUCUUUCAUGCCCACUAGUUCCUUCUCUAUUGGAUCAGUUGAGAAAUAUUUCUUUGCACCGAAUCAAAACAUGGAAAGUCAAGUUCUUCUGAAAAUAAAGAAUAAAGACACCAGUCAAAAGGAGAUGCUCAAACCCAUAAUGUAUGUGUCUGAUGAUAAAUAUUAUUUCGGUGGCCAGACGAUCUGUAUAAACUAACACCGCAUGGGGAAGGCAUAUUGUGAAGUGAAGUACAAAAAGGAAACAGAAUCCUGGGAGGAUUCAACUUUAGGAUCGUGCAAGUCAUCAUGGGGUAUUAUAUCAGGGAGGUCUUUUGCUUCGAGGUACUAAAUAUGUGGCACGUAUGAGAGUGAAGCCAUGGAUUAAUGACCAAAAUCUGGAGUAACUGGAGCUCAGAAAUUCUAUUAGCCCCCAGGAAGAAAGUGAAAUUAUCGGAUGAAGCCAAGCCACAAAAUCUGCGCUGUUCAAAUUUUACAUGUACCUGGGAAAUAAGGUUGGAAGUAAAGAGUUCUGUCUCCUUCAGUCUUUUCUACAAGCAAAAUCAAACUGACCAGGAACUAGAGUAUUCGCCAAGUUGUCUAGAGGAAGAUGUCAACAUCCCAUAUGUUUCAUGUCACUGCAGCAUCCCACCUACAGAGUUGCAUCUCCAAGAGUCUUCUAUUGUGACUGUCAGACCGAAACAGGGAAACAUAACCUUACAAAGCUGCUUUUACAUUAAGUUUGCACCAAGGAAUCUAACAUUACAAGUAAGAGACCAGGGGGAAGAGUACCUAGCCACUUGGAACACUGAGAGGUUACGUAGUGCAACAUUUCGCUAUGAGGUUUGCUAUGGAGAAGGCAAUGCAUCAUUGAUAGAGGAGUCUUCAGAUGGUGAAAAAUGUCUGCAAAACAAGUUUCCUGAGCUAUUGCUGAUAUUGAACACAGACAUCAAAACUGCAACAAUGUACUAUAUGAGGGUUCGGAUGCGUAUAGAUGAACCUAAUCCAGAACAUUGUUACAAUGGACCAUGGAGUGAGUGGAGCAAUUUCUCUACUUGGGAAACUAAAACAGUUCUUGAUCUCGGCUUACUUUAUGUAAUGGUUCCUAUUUGUUUUAUUUUACUAAUAAGUUCAACUCUUUAUGGAUGCAAAAUUCUAAAAAGGACUAAGGAGCAGUGGAAAGCUAGAAUUCCCGAUCCAAGCAAGAGCAUUUUCAUCAACGAUUUUCUACAGAAGGGAUCACAUUUGAAGUGUCAAUAUGAAGAAAAUCACCAUUAUGAAGAGUUGUUUGAUGUCUGUAAAACUAUGACUUCCUACAAAGACUUCAAGGAUUUCACCAUUAAUGAAAUAAAAAAAGAGGAUGUUGGUUCAGAAAAUAUGGAACAAAUUGAUUAUGAUGAUAGCUUUGGAAUAUUUCAAAAUGAUGACAUUGAUUCAACAAAUUUAAAUGUAGUUAUCUCAGGAUACAAGCCAUUUUCAGAAUUAAUUGAUGAUCAAAAGACAGUAAAACAAAAGGACAGCCAAUUAUUGCAAAAUGCCUAUGAUGGUCCCUAUAUUUUUUGUUCCUCCAACAGUUAAAAAUGUACUUUUGUGGAAAUAAUGCUGGUGCUAUGCUUGUGUUAGCUUAUAGAAAAAUAGGGCUAAUGUGGUUCAUCUGUAACAUUAAUCCAUCAUUUUGUCCUGCAUUGCUUUAAAAUGUUUUAUUAAAAAUUAGAAAGAUUAAUGGAAUAUUACAAGCGAAUAUUAAAAUAUAUACAUUUACAAGUA